UUCUGUAAAUUUCUUUGCAUGCCGGCUAGCAUGAUUAAUCCUAUAUAAUGAUUAAUAUCAGUUAUUCUAGUUAAACAUUCUUUGGAUUGUAUUCUGUCAGAAUUUCAGGAUUGCAUUCUAUUAGAAAUUCAGAAUUGUAUGCAUGUCAGAAACUCAGUAUAUAUAUAUAUAUACUGUAUAUACAUAUAGUAACAUGGCAGAAAAUUAAUCCUAGUGCCUGGUAUUUAUUGAUGUGAACAUCUGUGGCUAUUACUGAUCUGGAUUUUUAUAUACAAACAGACAUAUCUAUAAUUGUGAUAAUUAAAAUAAACAAUCAUGUCAACGACAAUAACAACAAAAUCUGAUGACUCACAAUCAGAGGACUUUAGUCAAAUAUAUGUGACACUCUAUAGUACAAUUCUACUGGUUUUGUUAAUUUCUGGACGACACGCCAUGUCUAAAAAACUAUUGAAGAAACUGUAUCAUUAUUCAAGGAAACGAUUGUGGUAUGCUUUAUCUAAACUGGACCCUCGUCAAAUAAAGUUUUAUGGACUAAGAUGGGGUAUCCCAUCCAAAGAAUUAAAGGAACUAAUGUUAUAUACUGAUUUUAUAAAACACAAGAAGAAAAGAGCCUAUAGACAUAAGAAAAAACUGAAUAAAACGGUGACCCUGUACAGAAAAAUGCCUUUAAAAGUGAUGUCUAGAGCAUGGGGAACAAUUAACAAUUUAGAAUUACCUGUUGUUUUGAGAAGACCCCUCAUUGGACUGUAUGUAUGGAUGUUUGACUGUAAAUUAAAUGAGGCUGCUGACCCAGAUCUAAGAAAUUAUAAAAAUUUAGGUGAAUUUUUCCGAAGAACAUUAAAACCAGGAGUGAGAACUGUUAAUGCUGAUCAUGACCUGACAAGUCCUGCUGACGGAAGAAUACUGCAUUAUGGGAUAUGUAAAAAUGGAAUAUUAGAACAAGUUAAAGGUGUGACAUAUUCUUUAAAAGGAUUCCUAGGACCUUUAACCUGGAGAGGAGAUAUUGACGAUGUAAAUAAUUUAUCUGAUGAAGAAUACCAUCAGAAACUGAAACUUAAACCUGGACAUGAACUUUACCAUUGUGUUGUAUAUCUAGCCCCUGGAGAUUAUCACAGGUUUCAUUCAGCCUCCGAUUGGAAAAUAAGUUAUAGGAGACAUUUUCCAGGAGAUCUACUAAGUGUAAGUCCAGGUAUAGCCAGAUGGAUUGAAGGCCUGUUUAAUUUUAAUGAGAGAGUUGUUUAUGCAGGGACAUGGAAACAUGGAUUUUUCAGCUAUACUGCUGUCGGAGCAACUAAUGUAGGAUCAAUUAGAAUAUAUUGUGAUGAGGAGCUUACAACGAACCACAGAGAUCACGGAGAUAGAAACAAUGUCCGUGAUGCCUAUAUAAUCGAGGGAACAGAGAUGGGAAAAUCAUUCCAGAAAGGAGACAUGUUUGGAGAAUUUAAUCUCGGGUCAACAAUUGUACUUAUUUUUGAAGCUCCAAGAAAUUUUGAAUUCAAAGUUCAGACAGGACAAAAAGUAUCAUAUGGACAACCGUUAGGAUUCAACAGACAUGUAGAUUUAUUAUGAUUGUUUUGACCAUUGACUAUGUUAACUGGAUCUGACCAACGAAGAAGUGCCUUUAUUUUAUAAUAAAUACACAUAAAUU